CUUUUGUAUCUUUUAUAAAUAGAGGAAUAUGGGCAAUUCUUGUAAGGUAUUUAUUAGAUCUUUUAGCAUUAUUAUUAUAGCAUUAUUAUUAUCGGUUAAAGCCUCUCCUAUUUCUCAUAUAAAGCACCAUAAUGGUACAGUUUAUAAUUACUGGACCACAAAGGCUUGGGGUGCUAAUUUGGGUAACUGGCUUAUUCUUGAGAAAUGGAUGGAUUCCUCUAUUUUUGAUAAAUAUGCUCCUAAAGCGGUCGACGAAUGGACCUUUUGUCAGCACGCAACUAAUCCUGCAAAAGCAUUAGAAGAACAUUGGAAUUCUUGGGUUAGGGAGGACGAUUUUAAAAUUCUUGCUAGUGUACAUGCUAACCAUGUGCGUAUUCCAGUUGGUUAUUGGGCCUUUAUUACACCUGAUUCCGGAGAACCUUAUGUCUCUAGUGGCCAAAAGAAACAAAUUGAACGUAUCCUUCAGUAUUGUAACACUUAUAAUAUGUACGCUAUUAUUGAUUUGCAUGGACUUCCUGGCUCCCAAAAUGGUGAAGCCCAUUCUGGUCAUAUUGGCCCCAUUCAAUUUUAUUCCGAUUACAAUAUUGAACGUAGUAUCAAGACAAUACGUGCCAUUGUUGAUUGGAUGAAUGGACUUGACUAUGUCUUAAAAAGUAGAAUUGCCUCUAUUCAAUCUGCUAAUGAACCUAGGAUUGUAAAAGACAAUCAAUUGAACAUACUCAAGAAAUAUUAUAAUGAUGCCUUUCAUAUUAUUGAUGCAUCGCCAUAUAAAGUGCCUAUGAUAUUUCAUGAUGCAUUCCAAGGCCUUAGUGCUUGGAAUGACUUUUUACCCGUUCCUGCUAAUGCAGUAAUCGAUCUUCAUUCUUACUUUGCCUUCCCUCCUAUCUCAGAUACAAAGUCGAUUAUCAGUUCUAUUUGUAGUAUUGAAUCUCCUGCUCAACAUUUUCAUUUACCCGUCUUAUUUGGUGAAUGGUCUCUUGCCUCUGGUGUUCCAAACAGUGACUCUUGGUUAAAAGAAAUGAUGGAUACUCAAGUCGCUAUUUACAAAACGGGUGGUGCUGGUGGUACCUUUUGGGCUCUUAAAAACAAUAUCAAUUCAAGUGUGUGGUCAUUUGAACAACUUGUCAAUGAAGGUAUCAUCAAUGCUACCACCUAUUUAUAUCAUACCAAUGCUCAAUGUUAGCAAUAUCAUUAUAAAUAAAUAAAUAAAAAAAAAGUAUUAAACUAUAAAUUAAUAUUUAUUUUCUUUUUCUAAAUAUGCAUAUACCAAGUAAUGUAUACAAAUAUA